UGGCAUUCUCGUAAAUAAUCACAAACACGCAGUCUCUUUUCAAAAACUGUACCGUCCUCUUUACUUCCUAUGCCGUGCUGCAUUGUGGCGCUCUCCCUUCCAUGCUGUCCUCUGCUGCCACUGUAAAGGCUAUUGAAAGAAAGAAAACCCGUUUGGGUGGUUUUAGCGUUAGAUAACUCAAUGAAGAAGGCAAAGAGAAAAUUGCCCUUCACUUUAGUCGAUGAAGAUGAUGAAGAGGAAGAAGUGGCAGUUAAGGAGAAAAGGGCCCAAAAUGUUAGUGUAGACGAUGAUGAAGAUGGUUUGGAUAAGUUUGAGACUGAUGGGUUUAUAGUGGAUUAUAACGAGGAAGAAGUGGAAGGUGACUGUGAUGGGAAAGAUGAGCAAAUGAAGAAGAAAAUGAGGAAGAAGAAAUCUUCAAAGAAUCUUGUCCUUGAUGAUGAUGAUCUUGAGUUGCUCCGAGAAAAUCAAAAGCCAGGCCUGUUCCAAACAAAGAGAGUUGGAAAUAAAAAAUUUAAACGGCUCAAAAAGGCCAAGGGCUGUGCUCUGGGAAAAGACUCUGGAUUGUCUGAUGAUGAUGUAUCAUUAUACGAUGAUAGUGCUGAAGAAAAGGAAGCUAUGUAUGAUGAUGACAUAAAUGACAUGACAGAUUUUAUUGUAGACGAUGAUGAAAGAUACGAGAAAAGAGCCCCCAUGAGGUUGUGGGAGCUGAAAGAAAAGAAGUCAAGGCCAGUAACAAUGGCUUCUUCUUCUUCCCUAGAGGAAGCUGGCUACGUAUUUGGUGAUGCCGAUGAACUCCUUAAGCGUCAAGUUCUGGUUAAGAUUGUCAAGCCAGAUGAUUAUGACAACUUUGAGCUGGAUCAUUUUAUGGCUGAGAGGGAUGAUCAUGUGAAGAAGACUGAUUUACCCGAGAGGAUGCAGAUGUCAGAGGAAAUCACUUGCACUGCUUUAGUUGGCGAAACAAGAAGACAAGAGGAGAGUUCUUGGAUACUUAAUCAGCUUAUCACAGACAUGUAUCCAUUGUUGUGUAAGAAAAAAGCUCAGGAAGGAAAUGGAGUAGGUCUGCUUAAGAAGAUUAACAAGGAAGAUAUAGUGAGGUUCUUGGAAAUGCAUGAUUUGGAAAAGUAUGAUAUUCCAUUUAUUGCUAUGUAUCGAAAAGAGAAAUGCCUUAGUAUGUUGGAAGAUCUGGGGGAAGAUGGUAUACAAAACGAAUGUAGCAAUGACACAGAGGGAAAACCUAGACUGAAGUGGCAUAAGAUUCUCUGGGCCAUCAAUGAACUGGACAGAAAGUGGUUGCUUCUCCAGAAAAGAAAGAUCAUGCUUGAAGAAUCCUAUAAGAAGCGUUAUGAAGAGGAAUGCAAUAAUAUUGAUGACAUGGCAAGACUUUCUUUGAUCAAUCUGCACUUUGACACAAUCAUGAAGUCUCUGAUGCUGGCUGAAACAGAGAAGGAUAUUGAUGAUGUCAGUAUGAAGUUUAGCUUGCAUUUUCCUCCAACUGAAGAGGUCAUGGAAGGAAAAUUUAAGAGACGAGAGAGGAGGUCGGCAUACAGUGACUACAUUAAGGCUGGUUUGUGGGAGCUUGCAGUAAAGUUUGUCUACAGCUCCAAGCAAUUCUGCCAGCAUCUCCGUCAAGCGAAAAUGGGAAUGGAUUUUUGGGAGGAUCUUAAUGAAUCUCCCGAGGUGAUAGCUUCGAAGUUUACAUGUGCAAGUUUAGAAACUCCAGAAGCAGUGCUUAAAGGAGCCAGGCACAUCGCUGCUCUGGAGAUUAGCUGUGAGCCUUCUGUCAGGAAACAUGCCCGGGGAUUUUUUACUGACGAAGCUCUAGUCUCAACCAGACCAACUCCCAAAGGAGCCAAGGAGAUUGAUUUCUGCCAUCAGUUUUCAUCUGUUAAGUGGCUACGUGAUAAGCCCCUUGGUAAAUUUCAGGAUGCACAGUGGCUUCGUAUUCAGAAAGCUGAAGAAGAGAAGCUCCUUGAAGUAACCAUAAGAUUGCCUGAAGAUUCUCUGAAUAAGUUGAUUAGUUACUCUCACAAAAUAUAUCUUGUGGGAGGUGAUGAUGGGUAUACCCAACUCUGGGAUGAACAACGAAAGUUAAUACUUCAGGAUGUGUUUUCAAAUUGUCUCCUUCCUUCAUUGGAGAAGGAAACUCGUGUCUUGUUGACCACAAGAGCAAAAUGUUUGGUGCUUAUGGAAUAUGGAGAGCAGUUAUGGAACAGGGCAUCUGUUGCCCCAUAUCCACACAAGCGGAAUGUUGCUGGCCUGGAGGAAGGUACUGGACCAAGGGUCAUGGCUUGCUGCUGGGGUCCUGGAAAGCCACCAACUACGUUUGUAAUGUUAGAUUCAUGUGGGCAAUUGCUUGAUGUGUUGCAAUCUGGAUCCAUUAGUCUGCGGUCUCAGAAUGUUACUGGCCUACAACGGAAGAAAUAUGAUCAACUACGUGUCCAUAAGUUUAUUAUAAGUCAUCAGCCCGAUGUUAUUGUCCUCGGUGCAGCAAAUGCGUCCUGUCCACGGUUGAAGGAUGAUAUCAAAGAGAUUGUUUUGAAGAUAGAGGAAAGUUCUAUAGAUGCUGACCAAGUGCUAAAUGGGAUUGGUGUUAUUUAUGGAGAUGAAACCUUGCCCCAGCUUUAUGAAAAAUCAGAAGUUUCAUUGCGCCAUUUGCCUGGACAAGAAGGCAUUGUCAAACGAGCUGUGGCUCUGGGGCGGUACCUGCAAAAUCCAUUGGCUAUGAUUGCUACACUGUGUGGUGUCCAGAAAGAGAUUGUUUCUUGGAAGCUUACCUCCUUAGACCACUUUCUAACACCUGAAGAGAAGUAUGGGAUGAUUGAAAUGCUGAUGGUGGAUAUUACCAAUCAGGUUGGUGUGGACAUAAAUGCUGCUGUAAGCCAAGAUUGGCUCUCUGCUCCUCUUCAGUUUGUAUCUGGGCUUGGGUCUCAGAAGGCAGCCUUUCUACAGAGGGAGUUGGCUGCUGGUAAAAUAGUUAAUAAUCGAAAAGAGUUGGCAAUUUGUGGAUUGACAGAAAAGAAAAUUUUCUUUAAUGCAGUUGGCUUUUUGCGUGUCUGUUGUGGGGAAAUUCUCUCUUUUGGAUGUGAAUAUGAUAUGUUGGAUGGAACAAGAAUUCAUCCUGAAUCAUAUGGUCUUGCAGAGAAAUUGGUUAAGGAUGUCUAUGAUGAUGUUGCUGAGGCACAUCCCUUAAAACAUGUUAGGAACAAUCCACAGCUGCUGAAAGAUUUUGAUAUUAAUGCUUACGCUGAUAAUUUUGAAAUAGAGCAAGGAGAAAAUAAGAAACUGACUCUUUAUGACAUUAAAACUGAACUUUUGCAUGGAUUUCUUGACCCUCGUCGUCCAUACGAAGAACCUACUCAGGAUGAGGAAUUCUGUUUGAUAUCAGGCAAAGAUGAGGAUGCAUUUGCUGAAGGAAGAAUUGUACAGGCUAUUGUUUGCAGAGUUCUGUCACAACGAGCAUUUUGUGCACUUGACUCUGGCUUGAUUGGCAUGAUCACGAAGGAUGAUUAUUCAGAUGAGGCUGCUGAUUAUUCCUUGACAAAGAGGCUACGAGAAGGUGAUAUUCUUACCUGUAAGAUAAAACAAAUUGACAAGAGCAGACACCAGGUGCUUUUAACUUGUAAAGAAAGUGAACUGAAGAGUUCAAGAGACCAGAACUUGCAUGAGCUUGAACCUUAUUAUUGUGAAGGUCAGAGCAGUUUAGUAAGUCAUCAGGAGAUAGCCUGCAAGGAAGACCUCAAAAAUAAACAUUUCAUUUCAAGGAUGAUUAUUCAUCCUCAUUAUGAAAAUAUGACGCAGAAUCAGGCAGUGGAGUUCCUGGCAGACAAGGAUGUUGGUGAGCGUGUUUUUCGUCCAAGUUCAAGGGGACUGCAUUAUUUGAUUCUAACCGUGAAAGUCUUUAAUGGACUUUAUGUUCACAAAGACAUAAUCGAAGAUGGGAAGAACCUCAAAGACUUCUCAAGCAUGCUUGAUCUUGGGAAAACAUUAAAGAUUGGAGAUGACAUUUAUAAGGAUUUAGAUGAGGUUAUUAGUCAAUAUGUUGACCCAUUGGUGACCCACCUGAAAGCAAUUCUAAGUUUCCGAAAAUUUAAGAAGGGCUCAAAAGCAGAGGUUGAUGAGCUCUUAAAAUCUGAGAAAUCAGAUUAUCCAAUGAGGAUACCUUACUGCUUUGGCGUUUCGUAUGAGCAUCCUGGAACUUUCAUCUUGUUUUACAUAAGAACAAAUCUACAUCAUGAGUAUAUAGGUCUGCAUCCUAAGGGAUUCAAAUUUAGGAAGCAGACAUUCAGGAAGGUUGAGCAGCUCGUUGCAUAUUUCCAGAAACAUAUUGAUGAUCUAAAGCAUCAGCCAGCACAGAUGACAAGACCCAUUACUGGUUCUUCUGCUAGAGCAUCCACAGAGUGCGGUAAUGAAGGUGGUUGGAAAGGCCAGCUAAACUCAAGCAAAGAUGAACUGUCAACACUUGUCUCUGCAGGCAAGAAAGAUUGUACUAGAGAUGAUGGUGGCACAGGUGGUCAUGGUAGUGGUCGAGGACGUGGACAUCCUAGUGGGUUACCUCGGCCUAAUUGUGUUUAUGGACAUGGAAACAGAGGUGGCUUUGGUAAUGGAAGGGGUGGUAACAACCGCAAUGGAAGUGACUCUGGAAACAAUACCUCUUACUGGCAUGAUAGUGGUGGAAAUUCAGGUGCUGGCUCUAGCUACAGUUGGGGCAACAAUACCGGUGGAAAUGCUAGCAGUUGGGGAAACAAUGCUGGUGGAAAUGGUAGCAGUUCCAGUUGGGGUGGCAGUGGGCAUCCUGUGAAUGCUGGUGGUCGCAAUUCGGGUGGAAGCGGUGAUGAUUGUCAAGGGAUCCCUGGAAGUGGUCCUCCAAAUGGUAGUGAUUGGAUGGGUAGUAACAAAGAGGGAGGGAAUAAUUUUUGGGGUACUGAGGGCAGCAGUGGUGGAAAUCUUGGAGGGUUUAAUACUAAUUCUGAGUCUGGGAAUACUGGAUGGGGCGCAGGUUCUAGAAAGAGUUCCUUACACCCUGCUGGUGAGGAUGGAUGGUCAGGAGGUGGUGGUUGGUGAUAUUUCGUCAUCCAAGUAGACUUUCUAACAUCAAUGUACUGGCAUAUAGUAAAAGUCGAUCCUGCCUUUUGAUUUUCUUGUUCGUCAGAGACUUGCAUAGCUUAACUAUGACAGCUAGUGGUUAACAAAGGCCUACUCUUAGCACAACAGUUGCAGGAAUCUAAUUAACAUGUCUAUCCCAGUACAGGGCUGCUUUUUGGGGGUAUGAGCAUCGUGUUAAUAUAUAUUGUUCCAUUUCUUCCGGAAUCCCAUUGCCUGAGGUAGCAGCUGCCAAAGUUUCAAGUGAUAGUGAAAUAUAUGAAGUCCUUUUCCUGAUUAUCUUUUUCGUUGUGAUUUAGUGGAAGCAUAUGCUGUUAGUCACAAUGCAGACUGAAAGGCAUGCAAUCCUUUGCUUAGUGUGUGCGUUGGAUGUGUCUUUGUUAAGCAAUGCAUUCCAAAAGCCAGAAUCGUAGCUUUGGUCAUAUGAUA